AUGCAGCAAUGCUGGCUCACCCCCGCCCGAGUGUUGGCGUGGUUCGAUCACGUGACAUGGGCUGAUGUUGGAAGUUUCGAGCGGGUGCGCGUCCCUUCUGCGGGCGGGGUUGGUGAGGCACGCAACACACAGUCUUUCCUCUCUCCCCAAGAUAUCCUGCCUGCCACAUAUGCCCAGGUGGUGUGA